AAUUAUUAAUGAUCCCAGUUCACGAUUCUGACACCGUAAUUCAGAAUAGAGUCAAAAGAGCCAGAGUUCAUUCAAUGGACCACAGAAAAGACCUGGCCAAAGUUGCCAAAUCUCCACAAGACUUGUUGAAAGGAAUCAAUGGCUUAGUAGUGAGUUAUGCAAAAGAUACAAAUGCUGCUAACUUGUUCAGUAUCAUUGAGGAUAAAUAGAGUAAACUGGAAGAACAUUGCUAAUGGAAUUCUUGACGAAAAGUCUGCAGCUAACUCAAUUUUCAAGCAAGAACUUCAGAAAUAGACGUAGACUAAGAGCAAAGGCAAAUAUCUUGAAGCAAAGUUCAAUCAAGUCUCUCGGUAGAAGAGGAGCCUGCCUCAAAACUGACUCUGACGGAGAGAGUGAUGUCUAUAAGCUCUUCGAGCAUGUCAAGAGUGAUAUCAUCAGAAAAAAGAUCCAAGGCUCCAUGAAACCUUGAUAUACAAAAGUAAUGAUCAAUGAAAAUGAGUUUGAAUCUUAUAAUUUCACUCAAGCUUCUUCAAAAGUGAGGCCUGUGUUAAAGAAGACCUUUAAAAAUAGUAGCCUCCUCAAGCUUCACUCUGAAACAGCUGGUCUGAGACAAAGAGGAAUUGAACUGAAGAACUUAUUUACUCAGAAAAAUCAAGGAUUCAAAAGAUUCAUGAGAUCCAUCCUCAAGUCAAAAAAGAGCAAAAACAAAGUUAGGUCAAGAUAUCUUCGGAAGAACACUAACUUAGAAACACCCAUGACUAUGCAGACCAUGAGUAGCUGUAAGAGACUUGCCACUAGCUCUAGUAACAGAGCAAAGACUUCUGCUAGUACUAAAAGAAGGUCAGGAAGGAAGACUUCUAACAACCUUCUCCGUUUCUCUAAAAGAGUGAAGAGAAGAGCUCUAAUAAAUAGCAGAGAAUAUGUGUACAAGAAGCCAGAUAAAAGUCUCUUUCCUGACUAUGACUCUUUCCUAGACUUUGGGUGUAAGAAAAUCAGCCAAUUUGGGCAAGUCAAGCCAGAGAAGAAGGCAAAGUUGAAUAACUUUAUGUAAACCUCUCAUGAAUCUUAACUCAAUUUAGUAAA